AUGGGGAUCCACGUAUCCGAUCGAGGGCCUCCCCGCCACGCCGAGCGCGUGCUCAUCACCAUCUACGGGGUCUACAACCGCAACAUGGUCAAGCGAAAGGUCCUGCCCAAGAAGUUCAUACUCAAUACCCUGAUCCGUAUGUACAUUUUCAAGUCUCUUGUUGGCCCAUAUGGCCAUGUCCUGGGCGCGGAUUUCCUCUUCUAG